AUGAAGCCAAGAGAUCGCAAAACUCUAAAUGCCUGUGGUGCGAUGAAGACUUUCGGCAUUACACCUGCCAGAACAAAGACAGCACUUAAGAGACUUCUGAAAUUGUAUGAUAACAACUGGGAGCUAAUCGAAGAUGAGAAUUACAAAGUACUCUUUGAUGUUUUGAUGCCAGAGGAAGUGAAAGUGGAACCCAAGGAAGAUGAAACUUUGAUCCUUGAAUCAAAGGGAACGACAUCUUCUCAUAAAAAAGCUCCAGCACCUGUCAAAACUGAAGCUUUAGAACUUCCACUAAAGAGAUUAUUCAGAGAACAAGGGGAAGGAAAUGCAUCAUCAAAUUCACCGUGUAGAGUACAUCAGAAUGAUGGUGAUUCUGGUACAUCUCAGCCGUUACUGAGAAGAACUCGUCUAAGAUGCCAGAAGGAAGCUUUGAUCCGUGAAUCAAAGCAGAAACUGAAGUUAAAGAAAAAAGAAGCUUCACCUGAUAAUACUACCAACUGUACUGAAGUUGUUGAACGUCCAACUAAGAGGUUAUACACAAGGCAACAGAAAAAACAAGAAUCAUCCGUAUCCAAAUCAUGCAUGGAAGUACCUCCAUCAAGAAGAGCUCAUCAGAGUGAUGAUGAUGAUGAUGAUCUGUUUUCAGAUUCUGAAGAAGUUCAGCCACUCUUAAAAAGAACACGCCUAAGAGGCCAGGAAGGAGAAGCUAUGAUUCGUGAUCUAAAGGGAGCAAUUUAUAAUGACAUCAAAUGUCCAUCAAAUGGUCAAAGUGAUGUCGUUGAACUUCAAAACAGUACAUACAUAAGACAACAGAAGAAGCAGGCAUCUUCUCUCGCCAAAUCUUGCGCGGAAACAAGUCAUUCAACACUAAUGGCACAUCAGAAUGAUACUUUUCAGUAUUAUGACUCUGAAGAACCUGAAGAAACUCCACUACUGCAUAGACAAAAUCGGUUGAGACGCCAAAAAAAGGACGUCUUGGUUUCUGGCCCUCCACCACCAGUCAAAAGUCCCAUUGUGAUAUGUCUAGAUAGUUCUUCAGAUAGUGAUGUUUGUAUUGUUGAUAAAGAAAGAUCGGAGGCAAUGGAUGUGGAACCAUUAACUGUGGACGGCAUAGCUUGUGUUUCAGAUAUGUCAGAGAUGGAUGAUGAUGAAGACAGCUUAAAGUUACUAAAAGCAGAAUCAUUGCUUGUGGACAGCAGAGGUUGUGUUUUUGAAUCAUCAAGGGUUGAUAUUGCCUCAUCUCUUUUAAAAGGAGAAGUGAAUACUCUGAACUCUUUUCCACAUUCUGAUAUGCACUUUCCAAAUAUGGAAGUGGUGGAAGAGAGUGGCGAUAACUCAUAUUGCAAUCAGGAAUGCCUUUUGGCUACAGGAACUGAUUCAAAUACAGAUGCAAGUUCCAGAGAGGUGCCACAGCUAGAACAGUCAAAGUCGCAAGAUCUUCCACACUCUGAUGUGCACUUCCCAAAUAUGGAAGUGGUGGAAGAGAGUGGCAAUAAAUCAUAUUGCGUUCAGGAAUGCCUUAUGGCUAUAAGGACUGAUUCAAAUACAGAUGAAUAUGCAAGGUUCAGAGAGGUGCCACAGUUAGAACAGUCAAAGUCACAAGUUUGUCUUGCAAUAGAAGAUGAUCAUCAAGGCGGUAAUUUCAGUGCUCUAGGAUUUCCUUAUGAAGUAUUUGUAUUUCAGAAUCUUAUCAAGAUUGUGCCCCAUAUACCUGCCCAAAUUGAUCCUUGUAGAUUUGGAGGUCUUCAUAGUUUGAUUGGUUUCCCAAUUAAGGAUGUUGACAAUCUUUUUGAAAAAAGUGGAAAAAGAUUAAGGUUUCACCCAGGCCUGCAAUCCUCUAAGUCACAUAAGGUGGAGGCUGCUCAGAAUCACCAGAGUUCACAAGGUGUGAAGUUAUGUGUUUAUGUAGAUGACAUAACAAGAGGUGAGGGAAAAAUGAAAAUUCCCUUGGAAGGUGGAAGAAAUGCUGAAGAUCUGUCGAAAUUCUUUUACAUCCCACAGAAUGUAGUUUAUAAAAAUGCCAAAGUGAAUUUUGCACUUCGUUGUACAUCUGACCAGGCUUGCUGCUCACGUUGUUUUGGGAAUUGUCUGGUGUCACGGGUACCUUGUGCCUGUGCUAUGCAAACUAGGGGUGGGUUUGCUUACGCACCAAAUGGAUCAGUCAAGGAAACGUUUCUGGAAGAAUGUUUGUCUGUGAUCCAGGAACGUAAACAACACCACUACUUCUGUAGUGAAAGGUGCCCACUUGAAAGUUUUAGGAAGAAAAAGAGUUCUAAUGCAUGCAAAGGCCACUUGUUACAGAAAUUUGUUAAGGAAUGUUGGUCGAAAUGUGGAUGCAACAACAAAUGUGGGAAUCGGAUCAUUCAACAAGGCAUUUCUGUCAAGCUGCAGGUGUUUUUGGCACCUGAAGGGAAAGGGUGGGGUCUUCGGACACUGGAGGACUUACCAAGAGGGGCGUUUGUUUGCGAGUAUGUUGGAGAGAUAGUAACGUGCACAGAACUAUAUGAGCGAAAUAUGCAAAGUGCUGGUAAGAAGCAUACAUACACAGUGCUACUAGAUGCAAACUGGACUUCAAAGGGUGUCUUGGAGGUUGAAGAGGCACUUUGCUUAGAUGCUACAGUAUAUGGAAAUGUUGCAAGAUUUAUCAACCACAGAUGCUCUGAUGCUUCCUUGGUUCAGAUCCCUGUUAAAGUGGAGACUCCUGACAGUCACUAUUAUCAUGUUGCCCUUUUCACAACAAGGAAUGUUUCUGCUAUGGAAGAGCUUACUUGGGACUAUGGCAUUGACUUUGAUGACCGUGAUCAUCCUGUGAAACCAUUUCAUUGUCUUUGUGGAAGCCAAUUCUGUCGUGGCAGCGACUUUGAAGUUCAGGCAUGA